GAAGGCUGCGGGCGCGGGGACGGCCCAGCUCCCUCGCUACUUCCGUAGAGGGACUCAGGGUGACUCCUCUCGUGGGUGUUUCGCGAGGAAGGGGGUCACGGGCGUCGCGUGGGCUCCGGUGACUUACGCCGGAGCCUUGGCUGCUUAGGCGAGCUAAGUGGGGGUCGGGCUCAGCGGCAGUUGAGACGAAAAGGUAUGCUAUGUAUAAAUGUGGGUAUAUUCUAUGACGAAUGAAAAUGGCCAGUUCUUUAAGAGGAGAAGUACUGAAUCUUUACAAAAAUCUGCUGUACCUUGGACGAGACUAUCCAAAAGGAGCAGACUAUUUUAAAAGGCGCCUGAGGAAUGUUUUCCUUAAAAACAAAGAUGUGAAGGACCCAGAGAAGAUCAAAGAACUUAUUAAAAGGGGUGAAUUUGUAAUGAAAGAGCUAGAAGCCUUAUACUUCCUUAGGAAAUACAGAGCUAUGAAGCAGCGCUACUAUUCAGAUGUAAACGAGACCAACUGACUGCUAUAACUAUGAUUUGAAAAUCAGCUGUUUUUCUAAAUACUGUAAGACUAAAUCUAACUACUAAAUCUAAAUACUGUAAGAGUAAAUUUAACUACAAGUGACAAGGUACAUAUUCCCUGCAAAAAAUACUUACCUGAUGCCUUACUAACCAAAAAAGAUUUCAAUUUCUAUUUACAGUUUUAUCAGGAAUCCUUUAUGCUCAACUUUUAUCUUAAAAUAGAAGUUUAAGCUGUAUUACUGGCAAAUGCCAAUUAAAGAUCAUCAAUCUGAAUGAAAUAGCAUUUAAAACCAUUUACCUUAACAGGUUUUUGUCCAUUACUCUUAGCCUAAUUCAUUAUUUUACUAAUGGCAAAAUAAUUGAAAAGUCACUCCUCUUACCUUUUGAAAGAGUUUUUUGUUUUUUUUUUUUUAAAUCUCUUUAGUACAUGAACACCACAUAUUCAAGGUUCACUACAAAACAAUUAACACUGGUAGUAAUUUAAGUAUGGUGACAAAGAAUAGUAUGUAUGGAGGAAGAGUAAUUCUGAUCUCAGAACAGCUUGCUAUUCAACAUAAUUGGUGUUACUUAUGUACCUAUUCAGUUAUUUCCAUGGUUAAUUUCACUGCUGGCUCCCUUUGGGCCUUAGAACAUAUUACCUGUUCUGUAUCAACUACCUUCAGUGAUAAAAAGUAAUAAACAAUGCUAUUCUAUUUUGUCAUAAAGGCUA